AUGCCUCCCAAAUCCGGCGAGGUCAGCCAGUCUGUGGCGGAAAGCAAUAAGCUUCGUGCUUCGCUAGGAAUUCAGCGCCUAAAGGAGGAUGAAGAAGGUGUCAAGGGUACAUCGAAGGACCCAGUUCAUAUGCCAGCGGACAAAAAGGCUGAACCCGCCAAAGAGGAUAAGGACAAGGACAACAAGCGGAAGGCAGCCGCGGCAAAGUCAAGGCGAGAGCAUGAGGAGCUGACGCAGGGUCCUGGCUUAGGCGACAUCCUGGAGAAUGAGGAGGGCAAGAGUGGCGCGUCCGAUUGGAUAGCCAGGACCCGCGGUGCUGAUGGCAGCAUGAAGGGUGCGGGCGCCAAUGCGAAGAAAGAUGAUGGCAAAAAGAGGAAAGAUGCUCCAGGAGGAGAUUCAAAUGUGCCCAAGAUGAAGGUGAGGCAUGAUUCAGGGGCGAUCAAAGAGGGCGAGUCCGUCAUCAUGACCCUCAGCGACCAGCGGCUCAUUGACAAGGAUGGCAAUCUCAUUGAGCAGCCGGAUGAGCUCUCCAAUGCCAAUCUGUUAGAUAGCGACAAGGCCAAGAAGCAUGACGCCAUUAGGUCUCAGGUGGAAUACGACCCGACCAAGCCCAAUGCCGACAUCCUGGACAAGUAUGACGAACCUGGGGCUGCUCCUUCUGGAUUCAUGAUCGGAGGAGUGCCCACAGGAGUCAUUGAUGAAAGAGAUCCGGAGAAGAGGCUUGCAAUCUUGACUGCGAUGAGUGAGAACCAGUCCUUGGACUUUGGCAACAAGUUUCAGUCAGAUUUCUACACCUCAGACGAGAUGGCAAAGUUCAAGAAGCACUUCGGCCCUGGCAUUUAG